AUGUCUCGAUCAACACCUCCCCCUCCCUUGCCGGAGGACGGCAAGAUCGAAAGGACUGGAGAGAAAAAAUAUCAGGUCGGGCCUGAGAAGGAAAAGCACACUGAUGUCGACUCUAACGAAAUAUCCACUGUGACAUCCUCGACUGCCAAUGGUGUUGAGAAACUACACAUUCCUGAAGACGAUGGUCCUGCGACUGAGGAAAAAGGCGUGGAGGAGCCGCAAAAAGCUGUUGAAUACCCAAAGGGUCUCGAAAUGUUCUUCAUCAUGCUUGCGCUCGUGCUUAGUAUCACCCUCUGUUCUCUCGAUCAGACCAUUGUUGCAACCGCUAUUCCAAAGAUUACCGACCAAUUCGGCAGACUUCAGGAUAUCUCGUGGUACGGUUCGGCUUAUUUCCUGACGCUCGGAGGGUUCCAGUCACUGUGGGGCAAAGUGUAUAAAUUCUUUCCCCUCAAAACCAGUUUCCUGGUGUCAAUCCUCAUUUUCGAAGUUGGGAGUUUGAUUAGCGCUGUCGCCAAAAACUCAACGACUGUGAUCGUUGGACGUUCUAUCGCCGGUCUCGGUGCCUCGGGUGUCGCGCCUGGAGUAUACACGAUUUCUGCCUUUGCUGCCGAGCCUGCGAAAAGAGCCACCUACACUGGGUUUAUUGGAAUGUCAUAUGGCAUCGCUGCUGUCGCUGGACCACUCAUUGGUGGAGCACUUACAGAUGAAGCGACCUGGAGGUGGUGCUUCUAUAUCAAUCUUCCAACCGGUGGUCUAGCCGCUUUGGUCAUUCUGCUCACCUUCAAGGCCCCUGCAACCGCCAAGCGGGUCGAUGCUACGCUCAAGGAGAAGCUUCUACAGAUGGACUUUCUAGGGACGGCGCUUAUAAUUGGUGCAUCCCUCGCCUUGCUUCUAGCUCUUCAGUACGGUGGUGUAACCCAUCCGUGGAAUUCUAGCGUUGUUAUAGGCUUGUUCGUCGGCUUCGGUGUUAUGGUUAUUGCACUCAUAAUCAUAGAAAUAUGGCAAGGCGAACGCGCCAUGCUGACACCACGGCUUAUGCGCCAAAGGACCGUCUGGGUGAACUCUGUAUGGGGCUUCUUCUUCGCAGGCGCGUAUUUCGUCACGCUCUACUAUCUCCCCAUCUAUUUCCAGAGCAUCGACAACCGCAGUCCAAUUGCUUCGGGUGUACGCAACAUUCCUCUCAUCUCCUUGUUCAGCGUUUCCACGUUUGCCUCCGGCAGAGCUAUCACGAAGACGGGUACUGCAGCUCCGUAUCUGGUAACUAGCUCUGUGGUCGUAACCAUCUCCGCGGGUCUCCUGUAUACUCUCGACAUUGGGACCUCGACAGGCAAAUGGGUUGGGUUUCAGAUCUUGGCGGGCUUCGGAUACGGUAUGGGCCUCCAAAUCCCGGUCAUCAUUGCGCAGGCUUUUGCUGCACCAACCGACAUAGCUCUUGUGACCGCAAUUAUUAUAUUCGCUCGAUCUAUCGGCAGCACAUUUUUGAUCGCAGCCGCGCAAGCCGCCUUCGACAACCAGCUCGUGCACAAGAUUGCCAGCACCGCACCGAGCGUCGAUCCCAGCCUACUCACGACCACCGGUGCCACAACCCUGCGCCAGGUAUUUUCCGGGGCCGAGCUGGACGGUGUUCUCCGUGCGUACGCAUGGAGCAUCAAGGUUGUUUUCGCUAUUACUAUCGCGUCCUGCGGCAUCACUGCCAUUACAAGCUUGUGCACCAAGUGGACCAAUAUUAACGCGAAGAAACCCAGUGCUUGA